UCCUCAGGAUCCUCUUCACAAAACCACCUUUACAACUCUCACCCUUGCAAGGGUCAUAGUCAAAGUCAAACUUCACAGGUCCUCCCACUCUUUUGUCACUCUCCCAAACCCCCCCUUACAAAACCCAACCCCAACCCCCAUUGAAACAAAACAUUUAAAAACAAAAGAAAACCUUAAAAAAAAAUAAAAAACCAAGUACCAAGAAGUAAAUCAAAUGUUCUCCCUCUCUUGCUUCCUCCCCUCCCCCGACCCUCACCCCAACCUCACCACCUACACCUACCACACCGAAAACGGCACCGUUUCGCUCACAUGGUCACGCUCCAUGCUCGGUCGCUCCCUCGACGUCCACCUCCACAACCACUCCUCUUUCCACAUCCGCAUCAAGCCCUGGAGAAAACACGGCUCCAAAAAACUCUCCCACAACACCCUCUUCCUCUGGAACCUCUCCCACGCCAGGUUCGGGCCCGGCCCCGAACCCCGCUCCAGAUUCUACCUCGCCCUCCUCGUCGACCACUCCCUCUCCCUCCUCGUCGGCGACCAGGCCCCCAAGCCCAAGCCCAACCCCAACAACACGCCAACUCACCAACGCCUCCUCCUCAAGCGCGACCACGUCCACGUGGCGCCGCAGUGCACCAGAGUGUACCAAACGAGAACGCGCCUCGGAGGUAAGACUAGAGAGUUCCGAAUAGACUGCGAGGGUUACGAGAACGAGAACGAGAACGAGAACGAGAGUUUGAGGCUCUUGUUCUGCGUGGACGAGGAGAAGGUUCUGGAAGUGAGGCGUCUCAAGUGGAAGUUCAGAGGGAGCGAGAGGGUGGAGAUCCACGGGGCGCACGUGCAGAUCUCGUGGGACGUGCACGACUGGCUUUUCGACAAGGACAAGGAUCACCACGGCAACGAGGGGCACGCGGUUUUCGUCUUUAAGUUCGAGGAGGACGAGGUUGUGGGAGGUAGUAAUAAGGAGAAGGAGGAGAGUGUGUGGGCGAGUCAGCAGCAACAGUGGAGUUUGGGGAGUAACAAUGGCAAGAGUUGGUCUUCUUCCUCCUUGUCCGUUUCCUCUUCCGCUGGCUCCUUUGCCGGAACCUCCUCUGUCAUGGAGUGGUCCAGUGUCGAGGAGAAUGACUUGGUCGUUCCCCUUGGCUUUUCCUUGCUUGUUCAUGCUUGGAGAAGCUGAACUCAACCCUAAUUUCUUCAUGCUUCUAAAUUGCGGUUGGUUGCAGAGUAUUUUCUAUGUCACCAUAAAUAAAAAAUGUAGUUGAUGUGAUCACAAUUAUGAUCGCUGAAUUGAAAUUUUUUAAGUUGCAGAUCGCAAUUUAAGAUCAUGUGAGAAAUAUACCAGUUUAGGAGUGAAAAAAUAAUGAAAUUAGAUGUCAUUAAUGUAUAUGAAAAAAUAUUUGUUCUUUAAAUGAAUUUUGAGGGAUUAUUUAUUGACUCACUCAAAAUAUACCAAUGAUUAUGAUUAAUUGAUCAAGUUAUUGGGAUGAUGUUUGUGUAUGUAGAGGUAGAUUUAUAUGGAAUUUGUGUCUUGAGAAAUUUGUUUAGAGAGGUCGAUUGAUUCGUAGCUCGAUAUAUUAUUAUUAGUCUCUGACUUUGGACCAGAAGAUUUGUGGUACUAGAAGGGGAAGCAAUCUUUAUUGGUAUUUGUUGCAGUCAUUACUUUUACUCAUUUAUACAUUCAGUGACUAUGGGUGCUUUGGAAUGAAGAUUAGGAUCGUUGGAAGAAGAUUUGACAGUGCAAAUUUCAAAUGGGUGUUUUUGUUUGAGUACUAAUGGAUGAAAAACUAGUUAGAAGUUAUGGUAGCACAUUUGUUUGGUGAAAAUAUAGAAAGGGGGUGGGAAUAUGUUGGUGGGUUUGUACACUUGAUAUAGGUGUACCGGAUUUGUGAGAGACUUAGAGGGACUUGGUGCAUUUGCAGUGUAAGUGUUUGUUUUGUAAUAAUGUUGAGUUAGUUGUUGAUGAAAUUGGGGAAGGGAAAAGGAAACAAUGUUGUGAGCGUGUGUGAUUGGAACUUUACUCGUGAUGUGCACGGCAAAUGUUCGACCAAAUGACGGCAAAUUGAGUUGGGACACCUGGUUUUCUUUGGUGGAUUUGCAUUUGGCAGUUCAGCAGCUUGUUGCCUAAGGUGACCGGUACUAACCGUCAAUUUGGUUGACCCGUUCCAACCAAGAAUCAACUGUAUUCAAUUCAAUCAGAUGGAAUGGUUAAUAUUUGGUUGACGGCACAGAAAGAUGGUGCUCUUCUUUUAUGAGUUAAUAAAAAAUUGUCUUUAAAAGUGAUU